CACCGAGUGGUUCUGCAUAUUAAUGAGCUCGCUCGCUGCGAGGGCAGGAGCGGAUUUAAAAGAGACCUGGGCGGGCGGAGGGAGGCUGUGGAGCGAGCGCGGAGCCCAGCACAGAGCGCAACGCGCGCAGCGACAGCCGGAGGCACCUACCGACGGGCGACGGGCGCAGCGGGCGCGAGAGGAGCCGGGAAGAGAGGCGCGCUCGGGCUAGGAGAGCAGAGCCGGGCAGCGUCUCCGGCCGCCACACCGAGGGAGGGCACCUCCCCGAGUCCCCACUCCCGCCGCGCCCUCCGACCAGCAUGAGGCUCCUGACCGCCGCGCUGCUCCUGCUGCUCCUGGCGCUGUUUGCCGCGCGCGUGGACGGGUCCAAAUGCAAGUGCUCCCGGAAGGGGCCCAAGAUCCGCUACAGCGAUGUGAAGAAGCUGGAAAUGAAGCCAAAGUACCCGCACUGCGAGGAGAAGAUGGUUAUCAUCACCACCAAGAGCGUGUCCAGGUACCGGGGUCAGGAGCACUGCCUGCACCCCAAGCUGCAGAGUACCAAGAGGUUCAUCAAGUGGUACAACGCCUGGAACGAGAAGCGCAGGGUCUACGAAGAAUAGGGUGAACAACCGCGAUGGGAAAACUUCAUACUGGUUGGGAGACAGCAAAGGACUUUGCAGAUUGAAAAAAAAAAAAAAAA